AUGUUGUUCUUUAUCAUAUUUACAGUUAUCAGAGGGAAAGUACUAGAAGAGGCAUUUGUGCCAACAGGUGAUGCCAAAUCCUCAAAGGCACCUGCUCCUACACCAUCACCAGAUCCAACUACAAAGAGGCCUUCUUUCAAGUUCCCUGAUUUCAGGGAGCCCCAAUGGUGGGAGCCAGUCCUCCGAAGGCCACAUCCAAGGGAUCCCCCACCUAGACAACCCGAGUGGAGGAAUCCUUUCUUAGGCUUCCAGAACCCUCCUCCUCUGGUCCUUGCUGAUGAACCUCCACCUCAAGAACCUGAAUACCUUGAGGAACCUGACCUUCCUCUCAUGGUGGCUGACCAGCCACGCCUAGUGCAUCAUCAUGGAGCAUACAAGGAAACAUUUCCAUGGCAAUACAAGAGGAGAUACACAUUAAAGGUUGACAAGGUUUACAAGGGAGAGGAGAUGAUAUCACCAAAGUCAACAGUAAAUGUCUACACGGAACCAGAAGAAAGUAUGUGUGGAAAGCAACUCAAAUUGGAUACAAGAUAUCUUAUUGCUGGUUAUAUUGUAGAUGGUGAAAUCUUCAUAGGCCUAUGCGACUGGGUCGUUGAGAAGUCCAAACUUACAAAAAAUCAGAGGAGAGGUCUGAGGCAUUCGUACAAAAAAUAUUGUGAUGUCUGCAGGAUAACAACUGGAACUCUGUAUUGGCCUCCUGAAGCCAAAGAAAAAGAUGUAUGUCCAUACAACCCAUACCUUACAGGAAACACAGAUUGUGAAGGUAAAUAUUCUAGCUGUAUCAGAUAUCCUGAUGGCACCUGUAACUGGAUGGAGACAAGAGAACUCAAACAUUGUAAGAGGAAAACAGGCAGUUCAAUAUUCUUAUAAACUCUAAAAAGAACAGUACCUUACAAGAGGCUUCCGGAAAUGACUGAUGAUUCCUAUAUCAAUGUGAAGGAACAUGAAGUGCACUUCUCUCGACAAUGCAAUUGGAAAGUGAUGGUGACGGCACAUGACAAGUGCAAACUGAUGUUUCAUAUUGUCUUCCACUGAAUCAGUAACCAGAAAGGAAGAACUGCUUGGAGAAGUUUCAUAGCACUGGACAAUGGAACAUCAUUCUUCAGAGGCUCUUGAUUUGCUUCCAUCGGAAUAGUCAAUAUUCAAUCAAUCUAGAGCAGUCUUGGAGCAUUGACAAAAGGUUGCAUACUGAGGAAUCUAUCUUGUCACAGCUUUGGCUGUACCAUCUUCAUGAGAGAUUUGCUAUAACCUACAAAAUUAAGCUAUAUGGUAGAACAGUUUGAAACCUUGUUUUACCCACUGAAAUGAGAUGAUACUCAUGUGAUUACCUAAUGAAAUACAGGUUUUACUGUGGACAUGGCCACUGGGUCAAGUAUUGGUAUUCACAUAAACUUUUUAAGUUUUCAAUCUAGUCAUAUUAUCAUACAUUUUGAAAUUCUCUGACGUUGUAUAUUUUUCACUUCAAAAGGCUUAUAGUUAUUGCUUUGAAAUAUAAGCAAACUUAAAUGAGUAUUGAGCUGGACUUAGGUGCAGGAUUUGGGAUGAUUGCACAAUAAAGCAGUAAGAUGUACUAUUUAAGAUGUAAUUAUACCUUUGCCAAUGUUAAAGGUUUAGUGUUAUUAUUAAUUGUAAUAAUGCCAAGAUAAAGUUGAACUGUGUGCAUCUCAGGAUACUGAUUUACUUGACUUGUAUAUUGAAGCUAGCAACAUCCCACAGUUUUAUAAGUAUUUUCAUUUAAAUUUUGCAGUAUUAUUAUGCAGGUACAUCGUGAAAUAAAAAGAGAUUAGCGGUGAAAUUAAAAAUGAAUUUUGAUAGAUACUUCCAAAUGUUUAUGCAAUUGCUUUAUAUUAAUUAUUUAAAGUAUUAUAUGAAAUUAUGUAUGGUUGAUAGAUAAUUUAUUCUUGGACAAGGUGUACAUUGAUUGGUUAUAUUAAUCUUCCCCUCCUACCUUUGUUUAGAGUUUUAUUUUUGCUGUAUGUAUCAUAAUGAAGAUCUUAUCAUUGAUUUGGGAGUAAAUUAUUGUAUACAUAAUGCUUUUUAUUCACUAAGUCUUCCCUAGAAGUGGAUAUGCAAAGCAUAUACAGUUUGUCAUAAAUAAUAAACCGUAUAUCUGAAGAAACUAAUUUUUCCUCCUUAUUCACAAAUUUGUGCAAGGAAUAAUAAUGCAAUUUCUUGAAUGAUUCAAUUAAAUUAUGAUCUCUCAAGGGAUGAUGGUUGGCAAAAAGUAUCUCUCACAAUAUUAGUAUUACCAUCUUUGUGUUAUAUCUUUCACACCAUUGAAGUAGCUUCAGUGCCUGAUGUCAUUGCCAAUUUAUUUGUACACGAAAGAUGUAAUUAGUUAUCCCAGUCUUACAGGUGUCAAUUUUUAAGAUUCAAGAUGCAAUCCUAGGUCAGCUGAGGCCAUGAUGUGUCAUCAUACUUUUUUUUUAAAUUUUUACCACUUCCUGCACAAUCAUUUAAUACUUAUGAGAACAAAAUAAGUUAGGUUGGAAUAAUGCAGGCUUAGUUAUCACGUGAUGACAUGAUACUUGACAAUGGGACAUAUGCCUUUUUAAAUGUCUCGUUAGAUUUAAUGAAAAUCACAAAAAUAGCACAUAAUCAUAUUCAUGUCAUAUAUUGUGAAAUUUCACUUGUAGAGAUAAGCUUCUAACAUAUAUUCAAGUACAAUAAAGAAGCUUAAUCCACUGAAACAGCUGUAAUCUCUAUGUUAAAGGGAAUAUAUGAAGAAUUACACUAUUCAAUCUGGAAUAUCCCAUUUAUUUUGUUGUUUUGAUGUCAAGGCAACAAUUUUCCUCUUGAAUCAGUUGAGUCAUUUUGUAUCCAGCUCCUGUAGAGAAAUCCAUUCUAUAUAAUUGUGUUGAAUGCAUACCCUUACAGAUACACAUUUGCCAAUGACCAUGCAUCUUACUUAUCAUGCAAGAAUCUGUUUAUCUAAUACUUGUAGACAGUAAAUAGGGUUUGCAAAAACUGUUAUUAACAUCAACUAUGUAUGUAAAUUUGCAAACAGACUUUUUUGUAGUAUCAAAAUAGAAAAGAUACUACCGAUCCUAAAUCUAUAAUCCAUUUUCAUUUCAAACUUAUUUCAACUCAAUGAUUAAUAAAUAAUUGGUCAAAGUUAAAGUGUUUGUUUGAAGACUUUGAUAUUUUGAAAGAAGACCUUAGAUCCAUAUAUGAUUAAGAAGAAUAGGUAUUCUCCAACUAUGGAUGGGUAUGGAAACAUAAAGUUUGCAUCACAGUUAUCAUACUUGCUUGAACUUUACUUGGCUCUCAAGUCAUUUAGUUUCUGUAGCGUGACACCAACUGCUUGCUGGAUUCUCAAAAUAGAAACAGGAUUUGGUUAGAAUUAUACAAAUUAGACCCUUUUACCAAACAUGUCUUAAAAUAGAACUAUUUAUUUUACCUACACCUCUUCCUUUCCCUCUUCAAAUCAACUAUACAGACUCUUGGCUCUUUCAGAUGGCAUCUCUUUCCCUGAAGUUUUCAUCUAAUCCUAUAUCAGAAGUGAUACAUAUUCAAACUAAACUACAUAAUUUGUCUCUUUUCUAUUGACAUGGGGAAUCAUCGAAUGUCUUCCUUAUCAAAUGGAUACUUUUUAAAGAUGAAGAUGAAUAAUACCUGCUUUCUAAUUAGUGUUGAUGUGAAACCUGUCUUACAGAGUUGUGAUCACUCUAAUUUACCCUUAACUACUAUUAAAGCCAUGUCCCAAUUCCCACCACAUGGGCCAUGUGCAUUGUCCCUUUGU